GUCUUACAGAGUUUAGUUUAAAAGACGCGACCGAUCUGUGAACCUGUGUCUAAUUUCACGUUGAGAGCUGAAUAACAAUGGCCUAUACUUGGGAUAACAGAGUUGCAUUCGUCGUAAGAUACCUUUACGAUAUCGAUAACAACGGUUAUCUUGACUCACACGACUUCCAAUGUCUCGCUUUGCGGACGUGUGUCCUCGAAGGCAAAGGGGACUGCAGUGCGGCCCGGCUUCAAAAAUACCAGAACAUCAUGAUCAACCUCUGGGAGGAGAUCUCUAGGCUCGCUGACUUCGAUAAGGUGCCAGACUAUGACGGCACAGUUUCGGUAGAAGAAUUUAAGCAAGCAGUGAAAAACACCUGCGUAGGAAAGAAAUACGAAGAUUUUCCCCAAGCGAUGAAGGCGUUUAUCGAAACUAACUUUAGGAUGAUAGACAUCAAUGCUGAUGGUCUGAUGGGAGUUGAAGAGUUCCGUUAUGACUGCAUUCAACGUAUGAUUGUGGAAGACAUUAAAGUCAUUGAUGACGCCUACAACUCAUUGUUAAACGAUGACGAUAGAAGAAAAGGUGGCAUUUCCUUAUCGAGAUAUCAAGAACUCUUCGCUCAAUUCUUGGCUGACCAAAACGAGAACUGCUCAGCCAACCUACUCUUCGGUCCAUUAGAACUUUAAUAAUCAUUAAGAUUUAUGUUAAGAUCUAUUUGAGUGACUGAUUUCUUUUUAAAUAUUUUCGUUGGAUACUUAAUGAUUAUUUUAUAUACUUUAAAAGCUAUGAAAUAAUCAUCGAGAUAAAUAAAGGAUCGCAUUAUACACAUACAUAUACGCGUACAUCCUUUCUAAAAUGUGGUUUAAUACACAAGUUUAAUCUGCGGAGUUGUAAUGUCUCUGUGUGCGCAUGAACUUCUUUCAUCAAUAAAAAACAGUUUUCACAAGGCCUCCGUAUGGAAUGCUUUUUCACUAUCUUAAGCGAGGCGGAGCUUGAAAAAACAGACUUUAAGAUACGUCAAAAGCGUGGAAAGAUUUGGACAUAGGUAUGUUGUUCAUAAAAAAAAUACGUUUAUUUUGGAACAUAAGAUCAUCAAGCUAUCGCUUAUUCCAAGUCAUUAAAUUCGAACCUGUUGGCAUCCCUACUCAUCGGCAAAGAAGACAGGGGGUGUUGGCCAAGAAAAAAAACCGUAAAAAACUCUCGGUACUCUUUUAAAAAAGCAAAUCAAACAAUACUAAUCGCUGUCAGUCCUUUGUGCGUUUUAAGUCUCAUCGCACAAUGCACAUAUGAAAUAUUAGAUCCAACGAAAAUAAACGAAACCAUAAAUACAUUUACAUUAAUACUUAAAAAUAUCACAGAGCGGGGCUUAAAAUAGAUGUGUUCCGAAUUUCUGAUCUAUUGCAAAUUCUGUUAUUGCAUUGUUCAUGUUAAAUUUAAAGUGUGAAAUAUGUUUUAAGAAUUUAAUAAGGUAUAUUACGCUAGUUUUAGUUUUGUUUGUUUUCUUGAAUUUUCCGUCCUUAGUGUUUUUGGAAUGUUUACUGAUUGAAUGAAUACUUCUAAGCAUUCAAAUACAGCAAUAAUAUUUUAAAUCAUGAUAAUGUAAGAGUGCCGUUUGACAAACAUGAGGAUUAUUUUGUAACUAAGUUCCUAGUCCAUACUUCAAGUAAACUUAAGCAUUCUAGCAAUCUAUAUUUGAGUUUUUUGUCGCUGGUCUACGAUAUCAGAACAGGUUAUAGGUUGGUGAACUCAGUUCCACUUAGCUCGUACUAGGUCCGUUGUGGAUAAAGUCCUGGCUAAGCUUCCCAGAAGAACAGAAGUCGCGCUUGGUAGUAACCUCCGAGGAUUUCUGUACGUUGGUUUGCCACAGACGGUGCCGGAUAAACCACGUAGCAAGAGUAGCAAAUGCUACGGGCCCCACAAAUUUACCCGUAACCCUAAUAAAAAAUAUUAAUUUACAUAACGUAAUAUCUUGCAUCCACAUUAAAAAACUAAAAUUCUAAGUCUAUCCUUAAAUUUGUCGAAAUUAGAUUUAAAAAAAAACAUGUGUACCGGAGAAGGGCCCUUUGACAAAAUUUGCUACAGGCCCCGCGCUGGCUAAAUUCGGUACAGGCCACAGCUACGCAUUCCAGGACUACGUGGUGGACUGAUUCCUCUGUGCUGAAACAGCCGAACUAUCCGGACAUAAUUGAACAUCUAUAUUUAAUUCAGAGUGUGCCAUUAUUGUCUAUGUUAAAAUAAUCGGAUACUCUAACGACAAUUUUGUGCUAAAGGCUGCUAUUCUAGUCAUGGAUGUUAAUGUAAAUAUUUAUUUUGAAAUAAAUUUUUAAGUUUU